AUGCUAAAAGCAAAGGCACCAGCAGACCUCCAAAACGCCAUAGAGGAAGAAAGACAGCGACAUCAGCUGCAGGAGCAACUUACUGCUGAGCGGAAGCGAGCGGCUGAGGCUUUAGAACAAUGCGCAGCUCUGAAGGCGCAGGAAGCUGAGCGCCAGCGGCAGCAGGAGAAGGCUGCUGCGGAGACUGUAGCAGAGGCCGCAAGGAGGAAAGUUUUGGAGGAGGAACUCGAUGCAGAGCGAAAGCGUGCCAAGGAAGCCAUGUCUGAGGUUCAUGAACUCAAGGCGCAGGCUCGCUUCAACAGUCUGAAGAUGGCGGAGGUCGAAAGUCAAUGCAAGAGUGCUGAGGAGAGACUGAAUGCAGAACGAGGAAAGGUCGAACAGGCCCGCGCAGAGUGCGAGUCGUUGAAGACACAGGCUCUUCUGCAGGACGAACUGUUCAGCUCGCCGGGGGCUUGGGGAGCUGUCGUGAGCAGGGAGCUUCGGGAAGAGAUGAAGCCGCUUGGACGCAGCCAGCCGCGCAGAAGAAGCAGAAAGAAGCUUGCAUGCGAAGCUGGAAAACGUCCAGGCAGAGCUGUAUCAAGAGAAGGCCCGCGCAGACCAAGAAGCAAAGAAGUGCGUCGCUGCUAG